AUGGAAACCCCAUGGGCAACGGGCCCCCACAGUGGAGGGUCGGGCCCCAAUAUCAAUGGUGGUUUGCAGGCAUGGUUGGCUGUGGUAGCUUUGUUUUGUGUUUUUGUGAAUUCAUGGGGAAUUCUUACAACAUAUGGGGCUUUCCAGGAGUAUUAUCAGAUUGCAUUAUUGUCUGACCAAUCCCCCUCGGCGAUCUCCUGGAUAGGAAGUGUUCAAGCAACGCUGAUCCCGAUGGUCGGAAUAGUAUCCGGGCCAUUGGUCGAUUCGGGAUAUCUGCGCCCGUUGAUAGUCACUGGGAGCUUCCUGACAGUUUUCGGGUUGAUGAUGACCAGUCUAGCGACCCAGUACUACCAGAUCCUUCUCGCGCAAGGCUUCUGUAUCGGACUGGGUGGUGGCAUCUCCUACAUCCCAGCCCUAGCAGUAGUCUCCACAAGCUUCACCACCAAGCGCCCAAUCGCGAUCGGCUGUGCAUCAAUCGGAUCAAGCGUCGGCGCUGUAAUUUUCCCCGUGAUGUUCCGCCAGCUUCAGCCCCGAAUCGGCUUCCCGUGGACAGUGCGAUGCAUCGCCUUCGUAAGCUUGCUAAUGGCCAUCAUUGCCUGUUCCAUUCUGUGCCGUCGACCGGGUCAUCAAUCUAGCGCACGCAGCCUCAUUGACUGGACCGCGUUCAGUGAGCCACCAUUCAUGCUCUUCUCAGUAUCGCUUUCAUGCGUUAUGCUGGCAUACUACGUCCCAAUCUUCUAUGUUGCUUCUUACGCACGAACAGCCGUGCAAACGACCACCAGUCUUGCAUUCUACAUGGUCGCUAUCGUGAACGGAUCAUCUGUAUUUGGGCGGAUUUUCCCCAAUCUGCUUGUGCCGUAUGUCAAACCAAUCCUUAUUUUGAUGUUUUGUGUUGCGGCCUCGGCGAUUGCCAUGUUUACGUGGAUUGCUGCUGUCGAUGUUGCGGGAUUUAUUGUGUGGGCGUGCUACUGGGGUAUAUUGAGUGGUGUGCUUGUGACAGCUCCCACUUCUAUUGUUGCGCAUCCGGUCUUCUGUCCGAAUCCUAGUUUUAUGGGAACUCGGCUGGGUAUGAUGUGGGGGAUUUCGUCAUUUGGGGCGCUGGCGGGGUCACCCAUUGCGGGUGCAUUAGUUAAUCUUGAUACGGCGUAUUUUCUACGCGCUCAGGUUUUUGCGGGGUGCAUGAUGGUGGGAGCUGUACUGUUGCAAUGUUGGCCGGCAUUCAAGGUGAUACGGUAUGAUCGAGAUAAUCCUCGUUGA